CAUUUAUUCAACAGUUGUAUCAAGACAAUUCAACUUAAAAGAUCACUCAACUCAUAUUAUUAAUAUAUAAAUAUAUACAUAUAUUUAUAUUCAAAAUAAUAAUUAAUUUUAUCAGAAAUGGAAUCAAAUAAAAUAAAAUUUUCUAUCCUAGAAUUAUAAUUUUGGAAAAAAAAUUCAUUGUAAAUAUAUAUAUGAAUGUAUGCUUAUAUAUGUAUAUAUAAAGAUAUAAUAGUUAAUUAAUGGUAUAUAAAUCUUCAGAGAUAACAAAACGAGACAAGAUUGUGAGUGUAAUAAAUGUACAUUCAGUUCGAGACUUUUAAUUGUCGCGGUUGUUAAUUUUGACAUUUUUUUUUUUUUUGUCAAUUUUUUUUUAUUUUUUUUUUUUUUUUUUUUGGUAUUUGUUUAUUUGGGUUCGGUGGAUUAUUGUUGCUGUGAUAAGUUAAUAUUUUUAUGGAGUGAUAGUGGGACUGGAUCAUGGAAAUGGAAAUGAUGGAGGAUAAGGAUAAGGGAAGUGUCGUCGAGCCGAUGCUAAUUAAGACCACAAAGACCUUAAUUGAGGGAAAAAAAUUUUUUCAAUAUACAUCGACGCUCAUUGCGGGACUGAUGUCAAUGCAAGCAGGAAUGAAUUUAAGCUGGACCUCCCCAGUGGGUCCGUACUUGACAUCAGAGACCUCAUUUCUGAUCGACAUGACGGACAACAAAAUGUCCUGGGUCUGCGCACUGAUGGCCCUGGGCGCCAUAGUGGGGGCGGUCCCCGCAGGGAAGGUCGCGGACAAAAUCGGCCGGAAGUCAACGAUAAUAAUAACCGCGGUUCCUUUUUUGAUAUCCUGGCUGAUGAUAAUCCUGACCCGUGACCUGAUCAGUCUCUACGUCGCCCGAUUCAUCGGCGGGAUCGGGGCCGGAUCCGCUUGCGUCUUAGUCCCAGUUUACAUCGGCGAGAUCUCGGAGCCUUCGAUCCGCGGGGCCUUGGGGUCCUUCUUCCCCCUCCUUUUCUCCACCGGCGUGGUCUUUGUCUACAUAGUCGGGGCCUACGCCGACUACAUGGCCUUCAAUAUUGCCUGCUGCCUCACCCUAGUCCCCUUUAUCUUGAUCUAUUUCUUGCCCGAGUCUCCACUGUGGUUGGUUCAAAAUGGCCGCAUAGCAACAGCAGAACGCUCGCUUCGAACUUUGCGCGGGAAAGACUACGAGUUUAAAAAAGAAAUAACAAUUCUGCAGGAAGAAUCAGACAGGGUCGAGAGCAGAAAGGGUGGAAUUAGAGAUUUGAUUGGCACAAGAGCGGGCAGAAAGGCUCUGGGGACUUGCGUGGGCCUGAUGUGGUUCCAGCAAAUGUGCGGCAUCGACGCGGUUCUGUUCUAUACCGUGAAAAUAUUCAAAGACGCGGGCAGUACAGUGAAUCCCUUUGUCGCCACGAUAAUUAUCGGGAUCAUCGAGGUUAUAAUGGCGGUCGUGGUCGCCUCGGUGAUCGACAAAUUUGGGCGCAAGCCUCUGCUGGUCAUCUCGGGAACUGCGAUGACCAUUUGCUUGGCAGUCCUGGGCUACUACUUCAAGUUACAGGCAGAAAAAGUAAACCUCGAAUCCGUGGGGUGGCUUCCGUUGACCUGCUUGGCCCUUUUCAAUGUCGUCUUCAGUGUCGGCUAUGGGUCGGUACCUUUUGCGGUUAUUUCUGAACUUUUCCCGCCGGAAACUAAGGGCGUCGCUAGUAGUCUCAGUAUUAUGGUAAACUGGAGUCUGGUUUUUGUAGUGACGAAAUUUUUUCCAAGUAUGGUUGACGCUACGGGACCGGAUGUUACCUUCUGGACAUUCGCGAGUAUGGCGGCCAUGUCAGCGGUCUUUGCGUUUUUCUUUGUGCCCGAAACAAAGGGGAAAACUUUGCAAGAGAUUCAGACAAAGUUGUCGAUACAUAAAAUUAAACAAGUUAUAUGAAUGUAGUAAUUUUUUGUAAUUUGUGUUAA